AUGCGGCGCGGACUGCUCGUCGAUAACAGAGCUGGUGAUAUCCGAGAAGAUCGGCCUCACCGGGGAGGACAUCAUGUUCACCAGCAACAACACCCCGAUCAAGGAGAGUUCCGGAAGGCGAAGCAGCUCGGGGCAAUAGUCAACCUCGACGACCUCUCGCACGUCCGGUUCCUCCAUGAGCAGGACGGACUCCCAGAGCUGGUCAGCUUCAGGUACAACCCUGGCCCACAGCGGACGGGCAACGUUCUCAUCGGGGACCCCAAGGAGGCAAAGUUCGGGUUCACUAUGUCGCAGCUGCGGGAGGGCUACAAGCUCUGCAAAGAGCUUGGCGUGAAGCGCUUCGGACUUCACGCGAUGGUUGUGUCCAACUGCCUCAAUGUUGAGGAGAUCGUGGAGACCGCGCGCAUGCUCUUCACGAUUGCCGGCCAGGUGAAGAGCGAGCUGGGCAUCCAGAUAGAGCUGGUAAAUUUGGGCGGGGGCAUCGGCAUACCGUACAAGCCUGGAGAGCAGGUCAUGAAUGUGGCUGCGAUCGGCACAGGCGUGCACCAGGUGUACAAGGAGCUCGUGGAGGCAAAGGGGCUCGCCCCGAUGAGGAUCGUCACGGAGUGUGGGCGCUACGUGACUGGGCCUGCAGGCUUCCUGGUGUCGCGCGUGGUGCACAGGAAGCGCAUCUACAAGAACUACGUCGGCGUCGACGCCUGCAUGGCCAACCUGAUGCGCCCCGGCAUGUACGACGCUUACCACCACAUCACAACCUACAAGGACGAGGCGCCCCCCGCGGGCCUGCCUCCAAGGGGGGCAGCCGCCCCGGACAACUCGGGGGACCUGAUCCAGAAGCAGGGCGUCUUCGACGUCGUCGGCGGCCUUUGCGAGAACAACGACAAGUUCGCGGUGAACAGGCCCCUCGACCCGGAGCCGAGGGUGGGCGACGUCUUGGUGAUCCACGACGCCGGUGCCCACGGCCACUCCAUGGGCUUCAACUACAACGGCAAGCCUAGGUCCGCGGAGUACCUCUACAGGCCCGACGGGAGCGUCCUCCAGAUCCGCAGGGCCGAGGACCUCGGCGACAUCUUCGCCACCCUCGACUUCGACGCCGCGGCCAGCAAAUUCGGGCGGCGCGGCCCGGCCGCUGCGCUGCUGUCGCUGGCGAGGUCGCUGGCGGCGAACCCGAUCUGCACCGCGGCCGUCGCCGCGGGCGUGGGCGCAGCGCUGGCGCUGAGGCUCGGCAGGCGGUAG